AUGGAGACCUGUGAAUCUAAAGGAAGUGAAUACAAUCCGUAUGAACACAGAAAAGUUCUGAAACCCAGUUCAGACGUGAGAGCCACUGCAAAUAUUAUUAAAGCGUCAUUAGGCUCCGGCCUCCUCGCUGGUCCUCUUGCGUUCAGCAAUGCAGGUUGGGGUAUUGGCAUUAUUGGCACAAUCCUGGUGGGCGUUAUUUGCGGGCAUUGUAUUCAUAUAUUAGUAAAAACGUCAAGAGGCUGUUGUAAAAUAGAAAAGAAACCCCAGCUAAACUACGCAGAAACAUGCGAAUCGACGUUCGCUAAUGGACCUAAAUGUCUACGUCGUUAUGCAAAAACUGCGAGUAUCGUUGCGGAACUGUCCUUAUUAUCUACUUACGUCGGCGUGUGCUGUAUUUACACCGUUCUUAUAUCUGAUUCCAUUAAACAGUUAGUUGAUAGAUACGUGCCAGGCGCCAUUUUGCCCGUGGAAUAUUACUGUCUUAUAAUUCUAGUGCCUCUAUGUCUUCUAUGUCAAGUUAAAUAUUUAAAAUGGCUUGCUAUUUUCUCGCUGCUUGCCAAUUUCUUUUUAGUUGCGACGUAUCUAAUAUGCUUAUAUUAUAUUUUCGGAGAUGAGAUAAAUUUCUCUGACAAAAAAGUUGUCGGAGACCCAGCUAGAUUUCCAGCGUUUAUAUCAACUGUUAUUUUUGCUAUGGAAGGGAUCGGACUAGUGAUGCCCGUAGAAAAUGCAAUGAAGAAGCCACAGCACUUCCUUGGUUGUCCCAGUGUGUUGGUCGUCGCAAUGACAGCUAUUGUCUUUUUCUACAGCACACUUGGCCUCUUCGGAUACUUUAGAUAUGGUGAUCUAGCUCGAGGAUCUAUAACGCUUAAUCUCCCGAUAGAUGACUGGCCCGCUAUCAUCGCUAAAGUCUUUAUCGCCUUAUCAAUUUUCUUCACCUACCCUCUGCAAUUUUACGUUGUCUUCGACAUAUUCAAGAGAUACAGUGAUCCACAUGUUAAAGAUAACUGGAAAACAUUACUUGAUAUUGGUGGCAGGAUUAUCGCCGUAUGUUUUUGUGUCGGAAUCGGCGUAGCAUUACCAUUAUUGGAGCAUAUAAUAAAUCUUGUUGGAGCCUGCUUCUAUUCUAUAUUAGGAUUGAUAAUCCCUGGAAUAGUGGAGACAGUAUUUCGAUGGAAUGAUCUGGGGAUAUUUAAAUGGGUGCUGCUGAAAAACACUUUCAUCGUAGUCUUCGGCCUUACAAGCUUGAUUUCUGGAUGUACAGUGACUAUUAUGGACAUUAUUGCCAUACUGAAUGGCCCAACACAGUAA